UAAACAUUGCCUGUGAGUGUUGAAGUUACUUCGACUGAAAGACGGCGAAAUGUCUGAAAUGUCGGCGAUGAACAGAAAAAUCAUUCAAAAUCUAGCAGAGACCUUUUCCAGGCAAAUAAAACACUAAAGAUCAAUAUAAACCCCAUUGAUCCUGGCUACAGUUAACAGAACUGAGAUGGAGUGUCUAAUACGACUGUUUAAUGGCUUGCUGGGAGACCAAAGUGACCGGAGAGCUGCAAAUGGCCUGGAUCGGGGUAAAUUCAGGAACAUUCUCCACAAGACGUUUGGAAUGACAGAUGAUAUGAUCAUGGAUAGAGUUUUUCAUGCAUUCGAUAAGGAUAAUGACAGCUAUGUCAAUGUGAAGGAGUGGACAGAGGGUUUGUCAGUGUUUCUACGUGGGACAUUGGAUGAGAAAAUAAAAUACUGCUUUGAUGUGUAUGACUUGAACGGAGAUGGUCAUAUUUCUCGGGAAGAGAUGUUCCACAUGCUGAAAAACAGCCUCAUCAGACAACCAACAGAGGAAGACCCAGAUGAAGGCAUCAAAGACCUGGUGGAAAUUGCUCUAAAGAAAAUGGAUCAUGAUCAUGAUGGCCGUCUGUCUUUCACUGACUUUGAGAAGGCAGUAAGGGAGGAAGACCUGUUACUGGAAGCUUUUGGAACUUGUCUCCCAGAUGCAAAGGUAUACAUCGCAAAUAGUGAAUUAAACACCUUUGUGAAUUAUUUUCAGUUGCGUUAUUAAGGUGCUGGGAUAAUAGCUAAAAUGUCUUUUUCCACUUCUGUUCCAGAGCAUACAGGCAUUUGAACAGCAAGCAUUCCAGGAUUCUCUUGAGAACUAAUUCAGGCAUGUUUUAUUCCAAGUUCUCACCAAAUAAAUAACUCUGACUUAAAUUUUGGGUGUACGUCCUCAGACACCUAAUACCCUUAUCACCAGUAUUAUUGGGUGUAGUUCCUGUGAAGACAUGGAAUGCUAUUUAUAUCCUCCUUCGUGGCUUGGGAGUGGUGGCUUUCUUCUCUGCAGGCUUGUACUCUGGAACUGACGAAACCUAACAUAUGACGACAAAGAAGAGAAUGUACACUGAAUAUUCUCAGACUUAAACUUGAAUGGUUAAAUAUGCCUGUAUUUAAUAUCCUAGAAUGUAUAUAGUGUUGCAGAGACACACUGCAUUUCUAGCUUAACAUAUGUCAAGCUAGAAAUGCAGAGAUUUCAGAAAUGUGAUCUGAUGGAACAACAACAGUGUUUAUUAAAAUUCAGUAACACAUCACCAA